UUCGGCGGAGGUGCUGUGAUCUGCGCAUGGAAACCAUGGCGUUUACUUGGACUGUCUGACGCAGGGUACCCGAAAAAAAUAACACCGAUAUAACCAGUCAGCGCUCCAUAUUCAUAACGUUAGACCCGGAUUCUGUGAAAACUGAAAAUGGGGUCUCGGAUCAAAGAGAGCCCAGAGUCCACUUUUGAAGUAUAUGUGGAAGUGACCCAUCCUGGGACCAGCGGCUCAGAUCCUGAGGUGCGGCGGCUGUUCCCUGAGGACUACAUCGACCAGGAAACUCUUCAGACCCUGACCAAGUUCUGCUUCCCCUUCAACGCAGACAGUCUAACACUAAGUCAGGUGGGGCAGAACUUCACCUUUGUGCUGACGGACAUCGAGAGCAAACAGAGGUUUGGGUUCUGUCGUCUGUCUUCAGGAGCCCGCAGCUGCUUCUGCAUCCUAAGCUAUCUCCCCUGGUUUGAAGUGUUCUACAAGCUCCUCAACGUCCUCGCCGAUUACACCACCAAAGGCCAGGACAGCCAGUGGAAGGAGCUGCUGGAAAGACUGCAUACACUUCCCGUCCCUGAGCCAGGCGUGCCUGUUCAUCUUAGUGUGCAUUCCUAUUUCACUGUGCCUGACAUCAGAGAACUGCCCAGCAUACCAGAAAACAGAAACCUAACAGAAUAUUUUGUAGCGGUAGAUGUCAAUAACAUGCUUCAUCUGUAUGCUAGUAUGCUUUAUGAACGUCGAAUCCUCAUCUGCUGUAGCAAACUAAGCACUUUAACUGCCUGCGUUCACGGUUCGGCGGCCAUGUUGUACCCGAUGUAUUGGCAGCAUGUUUACAUUCCCGUCCUCCCUCAGCAUCUCGUCGACUAUUGCUGUGCCCCUAUGCCCUACCUCAUUGGAGUGCAUUCCAGCCUAAUGGAGAAAGUGAAAGGCAUGGUUUUGGAGGACGUCGUGAUGCUCAACGUGGACACCAACACGCUGGAGACGCCGUUUGAUGAUCUUCAAAGUCUUCCUAAUGAUGUGGUGUCCGCUCUGAAGAACAGGCUGAAGAAGGUCUCCACCACCACCGGGGAUGGCGUGGCUCGGGCCUUCCUCAAAGCACAGGCCGCGCUCUUCGGAAGCUACCGGAACGCACUGAAGAUCGAGCCGGAGGAGCCAAUCACGUUCAGCGAGGAGACCUUCGUGUCGCAUCGAUCCAGCGGAAUGCGGCAGUUCCUGCAGAGCGCCAUCCAGCUGCAGCUCUUCAAGCAGUUCAUCGAUGGGCGUUUGGAGCUCCUAAACUCCGGAGAGGGUUUCAGCGAUGUCUUUGAAGAAGAGAUCAACAUGGGGGAGUACGCCGGCAGUGACAAGACCUAUCACCAGUGGCUGUCCACAGUUAAGAAAGGCAGCGGUGCCAUAUUUAACACGGUGAAGACGAAGGCCAACCCAGCCAUGAAAACAGUCUACAAAUUUGCAAAAGAUCACGCGAGGAUGGGGAUAAAGGAAGUGAAGAACCGGUUAAAACAAAAGGACAUGACCGAAAACGGGUACGCGGUAGCCGGCGAAGACGUACAGCAGCACGCCGCGGGCUCGCCCUCCGCCGAGAGGAAGGAGGUCCGGCCCCGGGAGGAGCGGCGGCCAAUCACGGUGCACUUUGGGCAGCCCGCACGAGUGCCACCCCCCAGGCCCCCACCCCCCCGGGUUCAACGCAGCGCAAGGCCCGCUCGCCCCCCGCGCCCCCUGGUGGUGAAGAGGCCCCGCAGCAACGUCGCCCUGGACGCCCGCCGCACCUCCGCCUCCAGCCCCGAGCACUUUGUCCGGCCCACGCGCCACUACACCGUCUUCCUGUCGGAGGACUCGUCGGGGGACGAGUUCCAGCAUGAGGAGGACUCUGUUUCCGGCUUCUCUGAGAACUUCCUCUUCUCUGCUCCCUUUGAAUGGUCUCUACUUUCAGAUCUCUGCGUGCCUCAGCCUUACAGGACCCUAAAGGAGGCGGACUUUGCGGAGGCGGAGGAGGGGCAAGGGGCGGAGCGUGUCCAGGGUCACACGGCGCCCCCUAGCCCCGUGGGCGACAAGAUCACGGAGAUCAGCCUCCUGGACGACAUCUUCGGCCUGGAGGGGGAGCUGGAGAGCCAGACCCUCACGCUGGCCAAAAGCCUGGAGGACCUGCGCACUCCCAAAGACCCUGCGGACCUGAGGGAGCAGGUCAAGUUCAGUUACCAGAGGAUGGAUCUGAUUGGAGCAGAACGCACACGCACGCUGCCCACCCUCAAGCACUCGAACCCGUACAACAAGCUGUGGAGUCUGGGGCUGGACGACAUGGCCCUGCCCUGCACGUCCGCCCAGACCUGGGACAGGCCGCUCUCCGUGCCCCCGCCCGAGCCCCCGGAGCUGGCCCCGUCCGGCACGGAGAGCCUGGCGGCCAGCCAGGACCGCGUGGACGCCGCGGGAGUCAGCCAGAGCAGCAUCACCAUCCCCCGGCCCCAGGGACGCAAGACCCCCGAGCUGGGCAAGGUCCUGGGGCCCCCCGUUCAGCUGGCCCGGGCCCCCAAACACCCCGCCCCCGCCAGCACUGACCCCGCCUCCCAGGCGGACUCGGGGGUGAGCGCGGGGGGGCAGGAGUUCCGUCAGGCUCUCAACAUGUCCCCCCUUUCCUCCCAGCGCUCCAGCCCGGAGAUCCUGAAGCCCAUCCGCGUCAGCAGCGACAGCAUGGACCUCCUCAGCCUGCUGGACCCCCUGAGCAGCGCCGAGGGCCCCCCGCAGCCCCACGGCCUCCCGCCACCGGGGGGCGCCCCCUCGCCCGGACCCGCCCUCCUCGCCGCCAUCAGGGAAGAUUCCGGCGCCCCCCCUCACCCGUUCCCCCCGCAGCGGGUCUACCCGCAGGCCCUGCCCCCGUUCCCGCACAUCUCCCUCAACCCCUUCACCCAGUCGCUGCGCUACCCCCCCGCGGCCCCCCCGCACAGACACUACCCCGCCCCGGUGGGCAACCCCUUCAGCUCCCCCUACAUGGCCCCCCCCGGCUACUUUCAGACGUCCCCGUACGGCCCCGCCGGACUGCCCGCGGUCUACCGGCAGCCCUCCCCGGGGCCCCCCGGGUUUUUGCAGCAGAGCCCCGUCCAGGCCCGGCCCGCCUUCCCCCUCAGCGGCACCCCGCCGGGCAUGCCAGACCGCCCGCCCCCCCCCUGCCCCCGCGAGACGCCGCCGGCCUUGCCGAAGCCCCCCCACGGCGGGGAGGACGCCCGCGACAGGGCCCCGCAGGAGCCCCCCCAGGACCCCUUCGGCGACCUCCUGCCUGUGACCAAACCCGCCGCUGCCCCCAAGAGGCGGGUGGAUGACCUGCGCCGGCGGUGGGAGACGUUCGACUAGCGCUCGCCCGCCACGGUCGGAGAGACGCUUUGCUGACCAGCGACGGACUUUUGAGAGUCAGGGGAACUCAGAGUGAGGUCCUGAGGGGAGGGCUGCUUCCCUACCGUCACCCCGUUCCCCCCUUCCCCCAUUGGCGGGCCAGG